UUUCAUUCCUACCAAACAACUAAAUUCUCAUCACAUUUUCCUCUCACUUUCUAUCUAUCGUUCUUUCCCGAUCCUAACAAAAAACCUGCACAAGAAAGGGUGUCCCAAACAUUACACCACUCCUCUUCCUCUUCCUCUGAAGUUACAAUUUUGAUUGACCAAGCUCGCAGUAAUAGCCAUUAGAAUCCGUGUAUUGAAGUGAAGAAUGCUUCCUCAACGAAUGAAAAAAGCUGUUACUGAUAACCCUAAAAAACUUGCAAACUUGAUCGAUCUCGUUAACCUUCCUUCCACUCUCAGAGACUUCGUCGGUCAAUCUCAGACUUCGCGUUUAUCCUGUUUCAUGCGCGUUUGGUCCUACAUCAAAACCAACAAUCUUCAGGAUCCAAAUAACAAGAACGUUGUAAAUUGCGAUGAGAAAUUAAAAGGAAUUUUACUCGGGAAACCUCAAGUUGAGUUAGCAGAACUUCCCGCACUUAUCAAGCUGCAUUUUCCGAAAGAGCCCAAGUGAUGAUGUGUGUGAUACAGAUCAAGAUGUAUGUCUUAUAGGAAAUGGAAAGCAUGCACACCCUUCCUCAAGAUGAGUGUUUCAAUUUUUUCCUGCUUUUCUUUCCCCCACCAUAGAUUCUGCAACAACGUUAGUAUAGGAACCUAGCAUUUGAAACACCAAAUUGGCAAUUUUCUUUGUUGUGUAUGAAUGUAUUAGAUUGAUCUUAACAACAUUAGUAGCUUGCCUUUUGCUAGAAAAAUUGAUUUCAUAAAGUACUAUUAAAGCUUCAUCCAUUCAUUGUCUAA